GAAGCCGAGCUGCUGUUGCUCCGCUAGACAGACUCGCCCACCUUCAAGCCUUUCAUUCCCUCUGCCCGCACACAACAGCCGCAGCCAUGGCCACCCUGGAUAGAGACCACUAUGUAUACCAAGCCAAACUUGCUGAACAAGCAGAGCGAUACGACGAAAUGGUAGAGUCGAUGAAGAGUGUAGCAGGAAAGGACGUCGAGCUAACGGUGGAGGAAAGGAAUCUGCUCUCGGUGGCCUAUAAGAACGUGAUCGGUGCGAGGAGAGCGUCAUGGAGGAUAAUCAGCAGCAUCGAGCAGAAGGAGGAGAGCAAAGGAAGCGAAGACAAACUCAAAAUGAUCCGGGAAUACAGGCAAACGGUAGAGAAAGAGUUGAAAUCGAUCUGUAACGACAUACUGGAUGUACUGGACAAACACCUCAUUCCAGCAGCCAACACGGGAGAGUCGAAGGUUUUCUACUACAAAAUGAAGGGCGACUACCACAGGUACUUGGCAGAGUUUGCCACGGGCAACGACAGGAAGGAAGCAGCCGAGAACAGCUUGGUAGCGUACAAAGCAGCCAGCGACAUCGCCAUGAUCGAACUGCCACCGACACACCCCAUCCGCCUCGGACUGGCUCUCAACUUCUCCGUCUUCUAUUACGAGAUCCUCAAUUCUCCAGACCGAGCCUGCAGGUUGGCGAAGGCGGCGUUUGAUGAUGCGAUAGCAGAACUGGACACGCUCAGUGAGGAGAGCUAUAAGGAUUCAACACUCAUCAUGCAGUUGUUACGUGACAACCUGACGCUAUGGACUUCAGACAUGCAGGGAGACGCUGAAGAACAGAAUAAAGAAGCACUGCAGGAUGUUGAAGAUGAAAACCAGUGAGACACGGCACAGCCGUCACGAAACCCUUUUCUCUUACCUCUGUCUUUCUUCAAGUCUCGUCCCUCCCCUCUCAGGUCUCUGUGGUGCCACCGAAAAGAGCUCCAAACCCACCCUCUUUGGCACGUGCUCUGUCCAUCUUUCUUUGUCCUGUAUGUCUCUCUUUCUCUCCGUGCUCUUUCGGGUUAUGCCCUGGGCAUUUUUAGAUGUUUUUUGUUUGUUUUCCUAGACAUGAUCUGACGUCCAAAACGGAGAAUUUCCCCUGCCGGUUUAGUUGUAUUACCAGUCGUUGAGUUGCCAGUCUUGUCUGCGUAGGGGCAUAUUUUAUUACUCGCUUUGCUUUUAAUUCAGUGUGCAACAGUGGUACGGCAUCAUUUGCUCUGGCAUGUGAUUGACAGGGUUUAUUUCUGCUUUCAUCACGUGUUAUCGCGUAUCUCUUGGGAGAUGCAACAAGCUGGAAAGGGCCUUGCUUGGAUUUAAAGGGAUAGCUAUUUUUUUUAAGUGCCCUCUGUCUCUUACUGUAUUUUAAAGCAGGUUUAGGCUCUCGGAUCUAUCGCGAACAGCUUGACGUCUUGAACGCAUAUUCAGUCCUCCUUCCUGUGGCUUUGCACACGCGGUCCUCUAUGCAUAAUGUCAGUUCGACAGUGAAUGUGAACACACCACACCACACCUGUCCAUCUCUUUUUGACUUUGAGCUAGAAACCCAGCGGAAUUGUUCAGCACACACUCUCAUGCAGAACACUAGUCAGCAGGCAUUAUUGUUUGUUUGUGGGGUUCUUUUUUUGCAAUUGUAAAAUGAAAUUAACCUUUCAUGUGACAUCCAUUCAGUCUCCUUGCUCUCUGCUUGGCCUGCCUCAUGCUUUUGUGUCUCCUGCUCUCUCGAUUUUCUUUCUCAUCCCAACUGUUCAUUAUGUGUAACUUGAAUCUGAUUUGUACUACUGGAUAUUCUGAUCGGAGCCAAAUAGCACCGUCUGUAUUCUUACUGAAACACAGCAUGGGAUUAACCUUCAAAUAAAAACGAACCUAAAUAAAUAAUAAUAAAAACCUUUUCUUGUU